UAGGAGGAGCAAGACGACAGGAUCUGAAGCCGAAAGAGCUAUUUUCCCUUAACUGUUCAGUUUUAUGGUGGAUAGUACUAUCGCAGGAGUAGUGCGCAAUUACGCAUUACAGAUAUAAAACAGAGAGAGAGAGAGAGAGAGAGAGAGAGAGAGAGAGAGAGAGUUAUUUUGAGCACUGCAGUGUGUUGUUAAUGAAAGCAGCGUAAAGUUGCAGUUUGUUUGAUCGUGAAUUUUGUCGUGUGCAUGUGUGUGAAGAAUGACGGCUGAAGUGCCGCAGCCCUCCGUGCAGACCCCUGCCCACAGCAGCCCCAUGUCGGAGAAACCGCACGGACAGACGCCUGUGAUGGAGACCUCUUCCUCGUCCAUCACCAAAACCAAAAAGACGAACGCUGGAAUCCGUCGCCCUGAAAAACCUCCGUACUCUUACAUCGCUCUCAUCGUCAUGGCUAUCCAGAGCUCACCUACCAAACGACUCACUCUGAGCGAAAUCUACCAGUUCCUUCAGAGUCGUUUCCCGUUUUUCCGAGGCUCGUAUCAAGGCUGGAAAAACUCGGUGCGUCACAAUUUGUCUCUGAACGAGUGCUUUAUUAAGCUGCCCAAGGGUUUGGGCAGACCAGGGAAGGGUCAUUACUGGACCAUCGACCCGGCCAGUGAGUUCAUGUUUGAGGAAGGAUCAUUCCGCAGGAGGCCGCGGGGAUUCAGGCGCAAAUGUCAAGCGCUAAAACCCUCAAUGUACAGCAUGAUGAACGGGCUGGGAUUCAAUCACAUACCCGAGUCAUAUAACUUUCAGGGGGCCGGUGGGGGCCUGUCUUGUCCUCCAAACAGUUUAUCUUUGGAGAGCGGGAUUGGGAUGAUGAAUGGACAUUUGGCCAGCAAUAUGGAAGGAAUGGGCUUGGCAGGACACUCCAUGUCACAUCUAUCAGCGAGCAGUGGACAUUCCUACAUGGGGAGUUGCACAGGAUCCUCGGGGAGCGAGUACCCCCACCACGACAACUCCGCAUCGCCGCUUCUCACUAGCGGAGGAGUUAUGGAGCCCCAUCCCGUAUACUCUAGCACGGCUUCGGCCUGGCCUCCAGCGCCUUCUGUUUCUCUCAACAACGGGGCGUCUUACAUUAAACAGCAGCCGCUUUCUCCGUGCAACCCCGGUGCCAACCCACUACAGCCUAGUUUACCCACACACUCUCUGGAACAGUCCUACCUUCAGCAGAACGGUCAUGGCACCACCGACCUUCAAGGUAUUUCCCGCUAUCAUCCCCAGUCACCCAGCAUGUGUGACAGGAAAGAGUUUGUCUUCUCUUUUAACGCCAUGACCUCUUCAUCGAUGCAUUCACCAGGGAGCAGCUCAUACUACCACCACCAGCAGGUCUCCUAUCAGGAUAUCAAACCAUGUGUUAUGUGACAGCAUUACAACAUAGCAAACUCUCUGCUGUUCGAACGACGUGCACCUGAAAGCAUACUUGGAGGCGGAAUGCCCAAAUGAAGAGUGGAGUGGUGAAAUGGAGUGGUCUAUGAGAGGACUUCUUUGGAAAGGGACAUGGAAUCAAGCAUUUCCGUAAAUUACUAAACAGAAUUUGAUAAUGGAACCAAAGUAUUAGAAAAUGUCAAACUCAAUACAGGAGCAUUCCAGAAAGGCCAGUUAUGUACUUCCAGAGAGGUAAAAAUGGAAAACUACAGAUUCAGUUCAAAUCUCUGCAAAUCUUUAGGCCGUGAAAAUAAUAAUAAUAAUAAUAAUAAUAAUAAUAAUAAUAAUAAUAAUAAUAAUAAUAAUAAAUAAAAGUCAGAGCACAUAAUUUCUUACGGCUCGAUACUAACUGCUGGCGGAUGACUACCAUUUUAGAGAUGAAAGAUGAGUGAAAACGCUCCAGUUAACAUAUUGUUCUUUAGGAUUUUUUUUUUUUUUUUUUGUAAUUAUUAUUAUUAUUAUAUUUUUCGUUUGUAUGAACAUUUGACCACAAAACAAUUUUAUUUCGGGUUGAGUUGGUGAAUACUUAAGAACAGGAAAUGAAGGCACUUUUAAACCAUAAAGCGCAAUUUAUUUAUUCUGAUUCUUUUUUUUUAGGCUACAGUUAUAGCCACAGUAUUGACUGCUUUAUUGGCAAUAUUUGCCCAAUGUAACAUGAAGGUUAAAUAUAAGCACUGUUUGUUAUUUUCAUUGUGUUUAUUUAGUUGUACAUACCCAUAUUGACACGUCAUAUUCCCCAAGCACUGUAUAAACUGUACAUGGUGUAGGAAAUAUAUUUUAGUAUAUUUUUUUUCCAAUGGCAUUACAUUUUAGUUAUGUAACACAAGUUCUAAGAAAAUUAAAAGGUAAAUAACAAAUGGAGUUUGUAAUAUCUGUUCAAAACAUGACUUUUCAAAACAAGAAUUAUUAUUAUUAUUUUUUUUUUAUCCAAAGACACAGCUUUCAUUUUAUAGCAUUAGCCAUUUCUGCGUCAUUCAUCAAUUCAGCAACUAAGUGUAAUAAUAUAAUUAAUCUUUAAACACGAAUCAUCGGAAUUCAGAUUAAAAAAUAGGCCUACAAAAGAACGCAAAAUAAUGAUUAUGUUAGUCAUAAUAUGACAAUAUCAGGGGACAAAAACAAGUAUUAUUUAUUAUUGUUACUGUUAUUAAUUUAUUAUUAUUAUUAUGUUUAUUGUGUUUAUUAAGUUUGUUGUUAUUAUUAUUAUUAUUAUUAUUAUUAUUAUUAUAUUUUUAUUUAUUUAUGUUUCAUUUUUAUUUUAUGUUGUUGUUCCAUAUUAUUCACCACGAUUAUUUCAUUCCUGGAUAAGUGUCCGCACACAACUGACACUCCAUUUAAGAAAACAAGCGGAUCAGCAGAAAAGAAAAUGUUUAUUACUGCAGCUUUAAAACUAAUACUUUAUAAGAACGUUUAUUCCAUUUGCUUGUAAUAUAAUCUUUAAUAUAUGGGGGUUUGAGACUGAUUCAGAUUCAUUCUUCGUGGAGGAACAAAUGCUUAUUUGUUUAAAGAGAACUGAACCCCAAUGCAAAAUACUCCAAAUCAAAGAACAACCAUGAUCAAAAGGUUAAAAGAAAGUUACGUGAAUUUUAGCAUUUUAAAAGAGAACUGCAAUAAUGUGAUAAGACUUAUAUGAUGGCACACACAAAUAAUAGCCUAAUAUUGACAUCCUCUAAUCAAACUUGAAUGUGAAAUUGCAUUUCCAAUGAAGGGUGUAAAGAGUGCACUGUUACCUAUUUAAUUUGAGACCUAUUUUACUAUAUAUAUUUUUAAUCAUUUAUUAACAUAAGAGAUUGCGGUUAAUGUAUUCUAGUUUAAAGGUUUUGUUUUUAUAACAACAAUAAAUAAAAAUAAUGAUUAAACAGUUAAACACCGCUGAGCUUGUUGAACCAGUACGUGUCCAGGUCGUACUGGUUCAUUCAAGGGUGGCAUAAAGCGUAAUUCAU